AUUACUUGCUCUGCGCUCUGGGGGUGGCACCUGUACCAUGAGACAUUCAGACUUAGUGCCUGGAGCUGCCAGGAAUCAGCAGCUACAUCUAGAAAGCAGCAAUACCUCUCCAGGGAUGCCCACAGCAACCAAAGCAGGCUUGGAGGACAAAAUGACAGAAACUGGCAACGUGGACAGGAUAUUACCAGAAUGGGAGGAAAACAUAAAGGCUAUAAAAAUACCUGCUUGUUUUAGCAAGAUGCCUCAGGAGAGCGGAAAGGACUUCCCUCACACCAAACAAGUGGGGACUUACUUGGUAGGCAGAAUGAUCAACAAGGGCUCCUUUGCCAAGGUGAUGGAGGGGCUGCACAUCCCCACAGGGGAGAAGGUAGCCAUAAAAGUAAUUGACAAGAGAAAAGCCAAGCAGGAUUCCUACGUGCUAAAAAACAUGAAGCGGGAGCCCUGGAUACACCAGAUGAUCAAGCACCCCAAUGUUGUCCAGCUAUACGAGACCUUGGAGACCGACAACUCCUAUUACAUGGUGAUGGAGCUGUGUCUCGGUGGAGACCUCCUGGACAGAAUCUGUGACAAACAGAGGCUGGCAGAAAGGGAAGUAAGGAGAUACACCAGGCAAAUUCUUUCUGCGGUUGGGUACCUGCAUUGUCACGGAAUUGUUCACAGGGACCUGAAAAUUGAAAAUUUUCUUCUUGAUGAGAACAACAAUAUAAAAAUUGUUGAUUUCGGACUGAGCAAUACUGCAAAGUUUGAGGGUCUCUCUCAAGAGCUGUUACAUACCCAGUGUGGGAGCCCGGCUUACGCUGCCCCCGAACUCCUUGCUCAUAGAAAGUAUGGCCCAAAGGUGGAUGUCUGGUCCAUAGGUGUUAGCACAUUUGCUAUGCUAACUGGCACACUACCCUUCACAGUGGAGCCUUUUAAUAUCAAGCAACUGCAUCAAAAGAUGGUAAUUGGAGAAAUCAGCCCAAUUCCAUCAGACAUCUCCCCUGGAGCUGUACACUUUAUGCAGUCCUUACUUGAGCCCGACCCUGCUAAGAGGCCUGGAGUCAAAGAAGCAAUGAAACACAAAUGGUUGAACGAAGGUUUCACCAAGAAAAUCCUGAACACUACUACAAGUGAGAACAGGAAGCACAACAGGCUUUCCUACUACAGUCUGCGUCUUCUACCACCAACCACAGCCACGGCUAUUGGAAACUUACCUGCAGUUUGCUUGUCUCUCUGAGAACUGCCCACUGCUCCUAUCUCUGACCCUCCUUCCACAAAAAUACAGCUGUUCCCAUUAACAUCAAAGUUGGGCCACCGGAGGUACCUUCCACUGUUUAUGAUUCUGUUGUUCUGUGGGCAGGUUUAAAAAUAAAUCUUCAUUGUCUUAGAACCCACAGCUGCUGUAUUUCUAAAAUGCCUCUUGUAGACUUUACUACUCACAGCAUCCUGUGAGUAAAAUAUUUCUCAUUAUAACAUAAAUAGUUAUUAUUUACGUUAUUUUGCUACUCCACAUCUCUAAAAACAAAAAUCAUCCCGCACUUUCCUUAUGGUUUUAUCUUUUUGUCCUUUAAGGUUUUCCUGCUUUUGACUUUCUUCCUGCUCUCUUAUGUCCCUGCUGUCUCCCUCUGUUAGUCCGUUUGAGACUACUGUACUGAGAACCCAAAUACACACACUGGAAUGAGAAAAUGCCGUUUUCCACCUUCUAAUUUUUCAAGCUUGAUCCUGGUGGGUGAACUUCCAGAGUAAUCAGUUAUAUCAACAGUAGUGUGUUUAAUACUACAGUCACAGAACCUCAGCCUGGCAGUGAGGUUAGCAGAGCCAGGCAUUGUAUUUCUGCACAACGGUGUAUCGCACUGUGCCUAUCCAACCUGUUCAGCCACUUCUAAGUACAGCAUGAGAAGUACAUUGCCUGCUUGCAGUAAAUCCUGAUACUGUACCUGGAUGUACUGCUUGGGUUUAAGUGCUUUUUCCUGUUUCAGACUUUGCCUCAGUGAAUUGAAUCCCACUGUAUUAAACUAUAUGACAGAAAUGAUGGAAUUCAGCCUUUCAGAAGUUACCAAAAUUUUAAUAAAUAACAUACCCUCUUCUGCCAUGGCUUCUUACUGCUUAUUGCUGAAGAAACUGCUCAGGUACCAGAAAGCACACAGAAGAAACCAGGUAAGACAUGAUGGUCAUGAUAUGCACAGUGUUCUCUCUGCAUUACUCUUACAAGGAACAUUGCUACAGCCAUGCUGCACGGCAGGUUGUGGAAUGGAGACAAAACUUACCCAAAAUGGUAAGGAAAUUGCAUAUCUAAGUGCAGCCUUUGGAAGCCUGUAUUCCAGCAUUCUCAGCAAUUAUUUUAAAAGAUU